GUACCUUCAACUUUUACUUUCGUCUCACGUUUCGGAUCGACGAUUAAAUUGGCCCAGCAAUCGAAUCGAGGAGCAGAUUUUUUAGGAAGCCGACUAAGAUGACAUCCAUCGAAAGCAGUUGAUGUAGACAUGCUUCUUUUACCUCUGCGCUUACCAAACAAGAGAAGGCUCCUAUUCCGCUGGCUGAAAAUGAAAAUUCGUCCUCCAGACUGAGGGAGGAAGAGUUUUAGAUUUUAUUUUAGUCGAGACAACCAGAAUCUAGUCAUCGAAUAAGUAGAGGGUAUCUGUGAUAUCAAUUAACACGGUUAGGAUUAGGCUAUGGCUCUGGAAACGCUGCUCGUAUCUACUGCGUUGAAAAGCGCCGGCGUAAUCGGGUCGACCAUUUGGAUCUUGCCUUUGAUCUUGGCCAGUUUAGCUUACUUAAAUUACAAUAGGCUCGAUCCCGAAUCCCCGGUCUACGACCAAAAGAAUCUCUACAAGGAAUACGACUUUAUUGUGGUGGGAGGCGGAUCGGCUGGAGCAGUUGUAGCGUCGAGACUGUCGGAGAUCUCAGACUGGAAAGUACUUUUAUUGGAAGCAGGUCCGGACGAGAACGACAUUUCGGACGUGCCGUCGCUGGCCGCUUACCUGCAACUGUCUAAGCUCGAUUGGGUGUACAAAACAAAGAAUACAGGAAAAGCAUGUCUAGGAAUGAACAACGGACAAUGCAACUGGCCAAGAGGCAAGGUCCUUGGAGGUUCCAGCGUACUAAAUUAUAUGUUAUAUGUUCGAGGGAACAAGCACGAUUAUAACUUGUGGGAACAACUUGGCAAUCCAGGGUGGGGAUAUCGGGACGUCCUCAAGUACUUUAUCAAGUCCGAAGACAACAGGAAUCCGUACUUAGCCAAGACGCCCUACCACGGUAAGGGUGGGCUUCUAACGAUUCAAGAAUCGCCGUGGCGAUCGCCUCUGGUUGUAGCUUUCGUCCAAGCUGGCAUGGAACUCGGUUAUCCUAACAGAGACAUAAAUGGAGCAGAACAAGCCGGUUUCAUGAUAGCCCAAGGUACAAUCAGACGCGGCAAGCGGUGCUCCACGGCCAAGGCUUUCCUCAGGCCAGUCAAGCUCAGGAAAAACAUACACGUAGCACUCAACUCCCACGUUACAAGAAUCCUGAUCAACCCCUCCAACAUGCGUGCCUUCGGCGUCGAAUUCGCACGGAACGGCAAGAAACAAGUGGUCCUCGCUAGGAAAGAAGUGAUUAUGUCAGCCGGGUCCAUCAACACGCCCCAGAUAAUGAUGUUAUCCGGUAUUGGACCGAGACGUGAGCUUAACAAGCACAAAAUCCCUAUUCUAAGGGACCUCCCCGUGGGCGAGAACAUGUACGAUCACGUCGCCAUGGGCGGGUUAACUUUUAGAAUCGACAAACCGGUCUCCAUAGUACAAGACAGGUUCCAAGCUAUUCCGAUGACCAUGCAAUACGUUCUAAGCGAAAGAGGACCGAUGACUACCCUCGGCGGUGUUGAGGGGCUAGCGUUUGUAAAUACCAAAUACGGCAACAGAUCCUGGCCCGACAUACAGUUCCAUAUGGCGCCGGCCAGUAUCAAUUCCGACGGAGGUGCCAGAGUACGCAAAGUACUGGGCUUAACCGAUGAACUAUACGAGACGGUUUACAAACCGAUAGCUAAUAAAGAUGUUUACACGCUUAUGCCGUUACUAUUACGACCCAGGAGCAAGGGGUGGGUGAGACUCAGGAGUAGGAACCCGUUCGAUGCUCCCAUCGUAAACGCGAACUAUUUCGAUGACCCGUUCGACGUGAAAACUUUGGUCGAAGGUGCCAAGAUAGCGGUCAGAAUCAGCGAAGCGAAAUCUUUCAAGAAAUUCGGCUCCAGACUUCACACCAUACCGCUGCCGAAUUGCAAAAACAUCGAGUUCGGGUCCGACGAGUAUUGGGAGUGUCACAUGAGGACGAUUUCGAUGACUGUCUACCAUCCAGUGGGCACUUGCAAAAUGGGACCCGCGUGGGAUCGCGAAGCGGUUGUCGAUCCGAGGUUGAGGGUGUAUGGGGUGGCUGGAUUGCGAGUGAUCGAUGCCAGUAUCAUGCCCACGCUGACCAGCGGGAAUACCAAUGCUCCCGUAAUAAUGAUCGGAGAGAAGGGCGCGGAUUUGAUUAAAGAAGAUUGGCUGGGUAGAAAGGGUUAUCAUAAUCGACUCGUCAAGGGAUUCGAGAUUUACACAAUGACUUUUGAAACCAUCCUCUUCGCCACAUCGACUGUACUAAAAACAGUCUCGCCAGCUGGAUUCAGUCUCCUAUUGAUCCCAUUGUUCCUCGGCAGCUUGCCUUACCUCAGCAGAGACCCGCACGAUCCGGAAUCUCUAAUACACGACCAGAAAGAUUUAUACGAAGAGUACGAUUUCAUCGUCGUCGGUGGCGGCUCGGCAGGGGCAGUGGUAGCCUCGAGACUGUCGGAGGUACCGGAAUGGAAAGUCUUACUGCUGGAAGCUGGACCUGACGAAAAUGUCAUCACGGACGUGCCGGCUUUCGCAAACAACUUACAAAUGUCCACACUGGACUGGAGGUACAAAACGGUGCCCAUGGACAAGGCGUGUUUAGGAAUGAAGAACAAUCAGUGUGCCUGGACUAGGGGGAAAAUACUUGGCGGAUGCAGCGUAUUCAAUUACAUGAUUUACGUAAGAGGAAACAGGUUGGACUACGAUUUGUGGGAACAGUUGGGCAAUCCGGGGUGGGGCUACGACGACGUGCUCAAAUAUUUCAUAAAAUCGGAGGACAAUCGGAACCCUUAUUUGGCGACAUCACCCUAUCACGGAACCGGAGGUCCCCUAACCGUCGACGACGCACCUUGGAGAACCCCGCUUAUUCUAGGAUUCUUGCAGGGAGGGAAAGAACUCGGCUACCCAAUAAGAGACGUAAAUUCAGAAGAACAAGCAGGUUUUAUGAUGGCCCAAGGUACGGUUAGGGACGGGCGACGCUGUUCGACAGCCAAAGCUUAUUUGAGGCCGGUCAAACUGAGGGAGAACCUCCACAUAGCAAUGAACGCUCACGUGACAAGGAUAGUGAUAAACCCCACAAGCAUGAGUGCCCAAGGAGUCGAGUUUCUUAGAAAUGGAUUCAAAUACUCAAUAAACGCCAGAAAAGAAGUUAUACUCUCAGCGGGGACGGUAAACUCAGCCCAACUGCUUAUGGUGUCAGGAAUAGGACCAAGGGACCAUUUACUCUACCACGGGAUACCGGUUCUUAGGGACCUCCCCGUUGGAGACAACCUGCAAGACCACAUCUCCGUCGGUGGUCUAACUUUCACCAUCGACGAGCCUCUUUCGUUUAUCACAGACCGGAUUCCCUCCUUGCCGCUAUUGCAGAGCUACAUACUCAAAAAUAGAGGCCCUUUAACAACUUUCGCGGCAUCGGAGGGUGUUGCUUUUGUCAGCACAAAGUAUGGUAAUGUGACGUGGCCGGAUAUGCAAUUUCAUUUGGUAACCACUAGUAUCAACUCCCAACUUUCCAAAACGAUUCUUAACUUAAAGGACGACGUCUAUGAUACCGUCUACAGACCGUUAGAGAAUCGUGACGUCUACCAAUUAAUCCCGCUUCUGGUAAGACCCAGGAGUAAAGGUACCGUCAGAUUGAGGAGCAAAAACCCCUUCGACGCUCCCGUCAUCGACCCUAACUAUUUCGAUGACCAACUCGACGUAAAAACUCUCGUCGAAGGAACUAAAUUAGCUAUACGGAUAAGCGAAUCGAAAAUAAUGAGGCGUUUUGGUUCCAAACUACACGACAUACCACUGCCGACCUGUACACACCUGCCGUUCGGCUCCGAUCUCUAUUGGGAGUGCCAUUUGAGAACCCUCUCCAUGACCAUCUACCACCCUGUGGGUACUUGUAAAAUGGGAUCGAAAUGGGACGAGACGGCGGUAGUGGAUCAUAGAUUGAGAGUGCAUGGUGUCGCAGGAUUGAGGGUGAUCGACGCCAGCAUAAUGCCUACCAUUACUACGGGAAAUACUAACGCGCCGGUGAUCAUGAUCGGCGAAAAAGGGUCUGAUAUGAUCAAGGAGGAUUGGCUGGGGAUGUACGAUUCCGGGACAUACUUCCAAUACAUAUGAGUUUUAAUCGGAUGGAAUCGUUUAUUAUUGCUCAAUUUCUAUAUGUGUCCUAUUGACAACAUAUUAUUAUACUCGCAUUGUGUACUAAAAGUUGUUUAUUUUUAGGUAAUUGUAAGUUUAGCACGACGGCAUAUAGUACAAUCAUUUGUACAUAUAUUAUUUGUAAUCGUAUUUGUACAUAAAAAUAAAUAAGGCAACAUAUU